AUGGCAGCCCAAGACGAGCAGCCGUUGAUCGACAAAAACCCGCAGCUACAGUCUUACUACCACUCUCUCGAGUCAAGACUGGGCUAUCGCCUAGUACUUGGUGGAACGCGCCACUUCGGUUACUAUGAGCAUGACACUUGGUGGCCAUUUCCCCUAGGCCGCUCGCUACGUGCCAUGGAGGACAAGCUGGCGGCAUCCCUCGAGCUUGAACGAGGUUCCUAUGUUCUUGAUGCUGGAUGUGGUGUUUCACACGUUGCGAUCCACUUAGCAUCUGCGCAUGGAUUAAAGAUUCAAGGAAUCGAUAUUGUCGAUCAUCAUAUUAUCAAAUCGAAGAGAAAUGUUGCGCGCGCAGGUUUCUCCGAGGAUCAAAUUUCUGUGCGAAAAAUGGAUUACCACCACCUAGACAGCUUCAAAGAUGGAACUUUCGACGGCGUCUACACAAUGGAAACCUUCGUUCACGCGACAGAUCCUCAAAGUGUCCUAGGCAAUUUCUAUCGGGUUCUACGCCCCGGCGGACGUAUUGCGUUAUUUGAAUACGAGCAUGAAUUGUUAUCCAACCCUGAAGAACAGUCACUGGUUCUCUCCAUGAAGAAGAUCAAUGACAUCGCUGCUAUGCCGACCAAUACCGUCUCGCAGCCUGGGGUUUUUAAACAAAUGCUCGAAGAUGCUGGUUUCAUCGACGUCGUUGUCCGAGAUUAUUCUUCCAACAUUCAACCAAUGACUCGCUUCUUCUACCUACUGGCUUACAUCCCUUUCUUGAUUGUCACCUUGCUUGGUUUGGAGCACCUUUUCAUCAACACUAUUGCGGGAGUUGAGUCAUAUCGAGGCCGACAACAUUGGCGGUAUGUGGCUAUCUCAGCUUCAAAACCAAACGCAACCGUUGAUUCAAAAAAGAGUCAAUAA